CCAAAAUCAAGGAUAUGCGUGGAUGACCUUAGAGUGUUGACUCUGCCUGGACAUUGGCCUGGGGUGGAGAAUUUGGUAGCACUUCUGAGUCAAAAUAAAGAUGCUCAAGCUCCUCAGCUGCGGAAGCUUCUCGCGGAGAGCUUCGUAGCCGUCUCUAUGUCACUCUUCUGUUUUGCGCUAGCGGUUUAUGAUUCGAGAUGGCUUUACCGUAUGUCUGCUCACCAAAUGGAUGCGCUUCAGUUUGCUCUCAUUUUCGGAGGAGGUGGAGAAAGAAAACAGAACACACCUCCUAUGAGGCCACCUCGGCCACAAAUCCCAAGCGCACAAGUACCGGGUGUGUCACACAGUUCUGAUGAAGGAAGCUCGCGAUCCAAGUAUCCCAGCAAGCCAGUUGGGUCAGAGGGAUCGUUGCAUGAUACCAUGGCCACUCAGUCACCAUCAUUAGGCGAGCAGUUCAAAUCGAGAUGGGUACCGCCCAAGAAAAAUAUCGUGCAAUUCUUCGCAACCAAGCCUCCUGUGGAUUCUGGCGAUGUGUACAGCGUCGAUUUCGACUCUGAUGGCGAAUUCGGUGGCAGCGAAGCAAGAAUGUCAGAUCACGAGAGAAAUGAGAACACCAGCCCAAAAUCAUUUGCGUGGCAAUUAUUACGUCUUGCACUCGUUGAGCAGCAAAUCUACAGAAUUCGUCAAUUUUUAAUGGUUGCAGGAUUUGAUUCAAGUGAUAUUCCCGCGGUUGUUCCUCGAGUCGAGGCGGUAUUUCGUCUUCUUGAUGGAUGGACAAUACAAUUACGGCAAAACUUGUGUUCGUAUCGUGAUGGCUGCCCUAUUGAUCUUCUGCCGGAAAUGACUGUCAACAGUUAUUUUAUUGCUUCUCUUCACAGGUAUGAAAUUUUGACGAAGGAGAAAAAUACGCCGUUCGAAUCAGAUGAUCCGCAAACCGGUCCCCUACGACGCCUCUGGACAUAUCUGGCUAAUCAACCCCAUCUCCAACCCGUCUUUGCAAGGCAUAUAUUCUCACAAAAACCGCAGCAGGAAGCGCCAAAAAAUAGCACUGCCACAGGCAUCGAAAAUCAACCACUUCCUGAUGCGUAUAAGAUUGUUCAGAAAGACCACGACCCGAUCAUUGCUUUUGCUUGCAGU